AUGCUCCCUUCGUCUGGGUCAUUUCGCGCCAUACUAGUCGCUCUAUGGCUUAUUUUUGCACUAAUUGGCUUUUCUGACGGCCAUGAGAGGUCCACCCGGCAUCAUGGACGAUUAAAAAACCCAUCUCGUCCCAUUGAAGCAGUAUCGCUCUGUGGGCUAGAUUGUCCCUCGUGCGCUGCCGGAUUAAACGCCGCACCAAAAGUUUCAGCACCUAAAAAUCGGGUAAAAAGUGGAUCGUUACAUAAACGGGUGCUAGCCAAACCAGAGGACGAGGAUUUUGAUGGGGAUGUCGAUUCGUUCUUGAGCCUGUCGUCAGCUCUGUUCAGGGAGCUGGGAAAUGUGAAGUUCAACCUGGCAGUGCAGGAUCUAUAUGGGUGUACCUCAGUGGUAGUAGUCUCCGAGAAGGGCGUAUGGAUGUCGCAUCUUUGGGAGAACCCCGCAUUUGCUACAAAAGGCCCGUCUGGUGAAUGGCUGCCCAGUGCUGACAACAAGUUCGAAGCCGAUGUCCUCAAUGCACUGGAAGAUGGUAAUCAAGAGAUGCCAGGCCUAGCACAAUUUACCAAAAAUGGCGGUGCAUUCAUCGCCGCCUACAGGCCAUUUGCCUAUAUCUUUUAUCAGACAGGGUCCCAUUACCCUAACUAUGACCGUACAUAUAAGGCUAGGAUCAACCAGAUCAGCCAAAAACUACAACGCCUCCUUCCACUGAACACACCGCCCCUCAUAUAUCAAUAUGAUCGCGCUGGAGGACAUAUGAUGAGAGCAAAGGGAAAGGUUCUUUUUCAGUACGAGCCUAAUGAAAGAAUUAUGCAGACUAAAGAUGGUCCACUGCAACAGGCACUGAAUCGCAUCUGGUUAGAAGAUCGACCUACGUUUGUUCAUCAGAGAUACUGGCCUGCCUGGCCCCGGCAGAUGGCCGCUGGAAAUUCCAACCAAAAACGGGAUACCUGGCGUAUUCCGACGCCAGGUACACCGGGUUCAAUAUCAGACUCGACGCUUAGUGGCUCAGAGACUACAGUUUCCCGCCAGAUCAUCCCAACUCUGGAUAUAUUGUCCAUUAUAAGCCACGAUUACAGUAAUGGAAAUUCUACUGCAACCAGGAGCGAGACACCGACCGCGUCACCUACGUCUGAGGCCCGGUUAGACAGUCACAUCAACAUCUAG